CACCUCAUCCCAGAAGGGAGGCUCGCCUCGCUCCAGGGGGAAGUUUGUCUUCCAUCUCGCGCCAGGAACGAGGCGUCGCUCGUCCGACCCGCUCAGCUCUCCGGGCCGAGAGAGAGCGAGCGAGGGAGCCGCGCCCGCCUGCGCGCCGCUUCUUCCUCCUCCUCCUCCUCCUCCUUCCUUGCCUUCCGCGCCCGAAGCAAGAGCCGGCCGAGGGAGAGCGCGCGGCGGCGACGCGAUGGCAAGAGGCGCUGGGAAGCAGGUGGUGGCCCCUUAGCGCGCCUCCUCGGGACGAUGGGGCCGAAGCGGCGGAGUCCGAGGAGCGAGGCGGAGCAAGGCGCCUCCUCCGAGCAGGAGGACCUGGGUCGGCGAAGGAGCGCCAGCCGGGGCAGGUUUGCCGAGUCCUGGAAGAGGCUGAGUUCCCGCCAAGGCUCCACCAAGCGCUCCGGGCUGCCCUCGCAGCCGCCGCCGGCUCAGAAGUCAUGGAUAGAAAGAGCAUUUUACAAAAGGGAAUGUGUUCACAUCAUACCCAGCAACAAAGACCCCCAUAGGUGUUGCUGUGGGCGCCUAAUAGGUCAACAUGUGGGACUUACUCCAAGCAUCUCCAUUAUUCAGAAUGAGAAGAAUGAAAGUCGGCUUGCUCGAAAUGACAUCCAGUCAGAGAAGUGGUCAAUCAGCAAGCACACUCAGCUCAGUCCCACCGAUGCUUUUGGAACCAUUGAGUUCCAAGGUGGAGGUCACUCGAAUAAAGCCAUGUAUGUGCGUGUGUCUUUUGACACAAAGCCUGAUCUUCUUCUACACUUGAUGACCAAGGAAUGGCAGCUUGAACUUCCCAAACUUCUCAUCUCUGUGCAUGGAGGUCUCCAGAAUUUUGAACUUCAGCCAAAGCUCAAGCAAGUCUUUGGGAAAGGUCUCAUUAAAGCUGCCAUGACAACUGGAGCAUGGAUAUUUACUGGAGGAGUAAACACAGGAGUUAUUCGGCAUGUUGGGGAUGCACUGAAAGACCAUGCCUCCAAGUCAAGAGGGAAGAUCUGCACUAUUGGAAUAGCUCCCUGGGGAAUUGUAGAAAAUCAAGAGGAUCUGAUUGGCAAGGAUGUGGUACGGCCAUACCAAACAAUGUCCAAUCCAAUGAGUAAGCUGACGGUACUCAACAGUAUGCACUCUCACUUUAUACUGGCUGAUAAUGGGACCACAGGAAAAUAUGGUGCGGAAGUGAAACUUCGCAGACAGUUGGAAAAGCACAUCUCACUCCAGAAGAUAAAUACAAGGAUUGGGCAAGGUGUCCCAGUGGUGGCUCUCAUUGUGGAAGGAGGACCCAACGUAAUUUCCAUCGUCCUUGAAUAUUUACGUGACACUCCUCCAGUUCCUGUUGUAGUUUGUGAUGGCAGUGGGCGGGCAUCUGACAUCCUGGCAUUUGGUCACAAGUACUCCGAAGAAGGAGGACUUAUCAAUGAAUCUCUGAGGGACCAAUUGCUUGUCACCAUUCAGAAGACCUUCACCUAUACCCGGACCCAGGCCCAGCAUCUCUUCAUAAUCCUCAUGGAAUGCAUGAAGAAGAAGGAACUGAUUACAGUGUUUCGCAUGGGAUCAGAAGGACACCAAGAUAUUGACCUGGCCAUCUUGACAGCUUUGCUAAAAGGAGCAAAUGCAUCUGCUCCAGAUCAGCUGAGCCUAGCAUUAGCCUGGAACAGAGUAGACAUCGCUCGCAGCCAGAUUUUUAUUUAUGGGCAACAGUGGCCGGUGGGAUCCCUUGAGCAAGCCAUGUUGGAUGCCCUCGUAUUGGACAGAGUAGAUUUUGUAAAAUUGCUCAUAGAGAAUGGAGUAAGCAUGCACCGUUUUCUCACCAUCUCCAGACUAGAGGAAUUGUACAAUACGAGACAUGGACCAUCCAACACUUUGUAUCAUCUUGUCAGAGAUGUCAAAAAGCGUGAAUAUCCAGGUUUCGGUUGGAUCUAUUUUAAGGGAAAUCUUCCUCCAGAUUACAGGAUCAGUCUGAUUGACAUUGGCCUGGUGAUUGAGUACCUCAUGGGAGGAGCUUACCGCUGCAAUUAUACUCGGAAACGCUUCCGAACCCUCUAUCACAACUUAUUUGGCCCCAAAAGACCCAAAGCCCUGAAACUGCUGGGAAUGGAAGAUGAUGUCCCACUGCGGAGGGGAAGAAAAACAACCAAGAAGCGAGAGGAAGAAGUAGACAUUGAUCUUGAUGACCCCGAGAUUAACCAUUUCCCUUUUCCCUUUCAUGAGUUGAUGGUGUGGGCUGUGCUAAUGAAGCGUCAGAAGAUGGCUCUCUUUUUCUGGCAACAUGGAGAGGAAGCCAUGGCUAAGGCUUUAGUGGCCUGUAAGCUGUGCAAAGCCAUGGCCCACGAAGCAUCCGAGAAUGAUAUGGUGGAUGACAUAUCACAGGAGUUAAAUCAUAACUCCAGGGAUUUUGGCCAGCUGGCAGUGGAGCUCCUGGACCAAUCCUACAAGCAGGAUGAGCAGCUGGCAAUGAAACUUCUGACCUACGAGCUGAAGAACUGGAGCAAUGCCACGUGCCUGCAACUCGCAGUGGCAGCCAAACAUCGCGAUUUCAUUGCUCACACUUGUAGCCAAAUGCUGCUCACAGACAUGUGGAUGGGCAGACUCCGGAUGCGCAAAAAUUCCAGCCUAAAGGUAAUUCUAGGAAUUCUACUUCCUCCUUCAAUUCUCAGCUUGGAGUUCAAGAACAAAGAUGACAUGCCUUACAUGUCUCAGGCUCAAGAGAUCCAACUUCAAGAAAAAGAGCCAGAGGAACCAGAAAAACCAGUGAAAGAAAAAGAAGAGGAGGACAUGGAACUCACAGCCAUCAGCAAGAGCUGUCCCCAAGAUCUUAUCUGCGGGCAAGCAGAAGGCUCUGCCUACAAGACCCAAAAUUCAGGGAAGCAGAAGACGCUAGGCACAAGAUCAGCCUACAGGACCCCUAUGCAGGCAAUGUUGGGACGUAGCAAUGGGGAAUCUUCAAGAAAGAAGGAGGAAGAGGAAGUUCAGAGCAGACACAGAUUGAUCCCCUUUGGCCGCAAGAUCUAUGAGUUCUACAAUGCACCAAUUGUUAAAUUUUGGUUCUACACUAUGGCAUACGUUGGGUACCUGAUGCUGUUCAAUUAUAUUGUGUUGGUGAAGAUGGAUCGUUGGCCUUCCACACAGGAGUGGAUUGUUAUCUCGUAUAUUUUCACAAUGGGAAUAGAGAAGAUGAGAGAGAUAUUAAUGUCAGAACCUGGGAAGCUGCUGCAAAAAGUGAAAGUGUGGCUCCAAGAGUACUGGAACGUUACUGACCUCAUUGCUAUUCUCCUAUUUUCUGUGGGAAUGGUGCUUCGCCUCCAAGAUCAGCCGUUUAGGAGCGAUGGCCGUGUCAUAUACUGUGUCAACAUCAUUUACUGGUAUAUCCGACUGCUGGACAUCUUCGGGGUGAACAAGUAUUUGGGGCCAUAUGUAAUGAUGAUUGGGAAAAUGAUGAUAGACAUGAUGUAUUUUGUCAUUAUUAUGUUGGUGGUUCUGAUGAGCUUUGGUGUUGCAAGACAGGCAAUACUUUUUCCCAAUGAGGAGCCUUCCUGGAAACUGGCAAAGAAUAUUUUUUACAUGCCGUAUUGGAUGAUCUAUGGGGAAGUGUUUGCAGACCAGAUAGACCCUCCAUGUGGUCAGAAUGAAACCAGAGAGGAUGGGAAAAUAAUCCAGCUGCCUCCCUGCAAAACAGGAGCCUGGAUCGUUCCUGCCAUCAUGGCUUGCUACCUCUUGGUUGCAAACAUUCUUCUGGUGAACCUCCUCAUUGCCGUUUUUAACAACACCUUUUUUGAAGUUAAAUCGAUAUCUAACCAAGUAUGGAAGUUUCAGCGGUAUCAGCUUAUUAUGACAUUCCAUGAAAGACCAGUCUUGCCCCCUCCACUCAUCAUCUUCAGUCACAUGACUAUGAUAUUUCAGCACAUAUGCUGUCGAUGGCGGAAGCAUGAUAGCGACCCUGAUGAAACGGACUAUGGACUGAAGCUUUUUAUAACUGAUGAUGAACUGAAAAAAGUUCAUGAUUUUGAAGAACAAUGUAUAGAAGAGUAUUUCAGAGAGAAAGAUGAUAGAUUCAAUUCGUCCAAUGAUGAAAGAAUCCGAGUUACCUCUGAAAGGGUAGAGAAUAUGGCCAUGCGAUUAGAAGAAGUGAAUGAACGAGAGCAUUGCAUGAAGGCUUCACUUCAGACUGUAGACAUCCGGCUUGCUCAACUGGAAGACAUGAUAGGGCGAAUGGCUACAGCCUUAGAUAAGCUUACUGGCCUAGACAGAGGGGAGGCCACUAAGAUACGGUCUCGAACAUCCUCUGACUGUACUGACACAGCCUACAUUGUCCGACAGAGCAGCUUCAACAGCCAGGAGGGAAACACAUACAAACUUCAAGAAAGCAUUGAUCCCACGGGGGAGGAGUCCAUGUCACCAACCUCUCCAACAGUCAUUCCCCGCUUGCGAAGUCACUCCUUCUAUGCAGUGAACAUGAAGGACAAGUGCGGGUUGGAGAAAUUUGAAAGCAUUUUCAAAGAAAGGUCCCUCAGCCUCCACCGUGCCAGUAGUUCUCACUCUGUCUCAAAAGAGCAAAAAAUCCCUUCUUUAGUGCCUACAAGCACUCUGUCAAUUGCCCCAGACUCCAGACGGCCUUCCUCUUGCAUAGACAUUUAUGUCUCAGCCAUGGAUGAGCUGCAGUCUGUCAUAGAACCCCUUGACAGUUCAAUGAACAUCCUUGGGACUGGAGAUCCAGCUCUCCAAGCUCAGCUAGCUUCCAGUGUUGUCUCCAGUAGUGCUUAUGUCAGCAGUACUCCGGGUGAUAGAAUUUCUGGCAGGAGUAUUGAUUAUGAAGACCAAUCGAUGGAAACAAGAGUGUUUUCUUCAGACUAUUCACAAAUUGCAGAUUGCUCAAACCCCUGGGAAUCAGACCCUCCCAUGUACCAUACUUUGGAGAGGUCUAAAAGCAGCCGAUACCUGUCUACAACCCCAUUUAUUUUAGAGGAAGCACCAAUAGUAAAGUCUCACAGUUUCAUGUUCUCUCCUUCUCGGAGCUAUUUCAGUAGCCUUGGAGUGCCAGUCAAAACAGCAGAGUACACAAGCAUUACAGACUGCAUUGAUACAAGGUGUGUCAGUGCUCCUCAAACCAUUGCAGAAAGGUCAAGCUUUCCUGGAGUUCAUGGAGACAAAAUUGAUGACUUAGGAUGCUGCCACCCAGAGAGGGAAGCGGAACUAAGUCACCCAAGCUCUGACAAUGAGGAUACCGAAACCAAAGACAAAAAAGCAGUUCCCUUGUCAUCUCAAGAUAGCAAUACAUCUAGAAUAUUGUCCAACAAUAUCCCUCUUCCAAAAAUAGAGAGGGCCAACAGUUACUCUGCAGAUGAGUCCAACUUGUUGUAUGCACACACAAAGAAAAGCUACUCCAUCAGUGAUAAACUUGACAGGCAGCGCAAUGCAACGAGCCUCCGAAGUACAUUCCAGAGGAGCAAGUCAUCCAGACCAGAGAACAGGUCGGACACCUUAUCAAUGAGAAGACUCUCUAGAACAGGUGCCUUCCAUAGCUUUGAGAGCAAGCAUAGUUAGAGAUAAUAUGUGCAUCAUAACAAGAACUGUCUGAGACUUGUCUGCUCUUCAGUUUUUUCAUUAGCAGAAUAAAGUAACUUCAGACCAUUAUAUGUCAGCAACAGCUGGCAUCUGCCAACAGUGAAGUUAGCACUUUCAUAACGUCAAUGUCAAGCACUGAGGUUCUGUAUCUUGACCUAGUUGGCAUUUGCACUUAAUGGGAGGGGGAGGGGGAAGGAAAAAUUAUAGAGACAUUUUAAAAAAUAAAUAAAUGGGUGAACAGUUUAAGAAAUCUGCCUUUCAAAAUAGGGAUAUAUUGGUUUGAAAGAGAAACAAAAUAACAUGCAUACAAAGAGGGUGUUUUGACUAUGCUGGUUUCCACCUCAGUACCAUCGCUGUGACAGCUAGUGAGGGCAUCUUUGUAUUACUCUAUAGAAACUGAAAACAAAGUAGCCGUCAACUUUCCCCAGAUUUCUCACAUCCCUAUACUUCUGCCUGAUCAUUGUAAAAAGAAGUUAGCUAACACGCUCACCGUUCACCUGUAUCCUUUUUGUAUUAACUUGCAGUGGCACAAAUGUCUAUAUUUUCAAGAAGGGAAGAAAAGAUAUGCCUUUUGUAUAGCAGCAUGAGGGAAAGGGAAGAAUUUAUGUAUAGUCACAUGAAUUCCUAUUUUAAAUGGGAUUUUAAGCACUGUUGAGCAAGCUCAGGAGGAAUGUAAUUAAGUGGAAUAGUAAAUAUUUAUUUUUUUAAGCACGGGUACCAGUUUAGAAAGUAUUUCACAGGACUUUGUUAAAAUGUCAUAGUGAGAAGGUAGUAAAAAAGAAGAACUGGCAUCCUGUUCUCAUUGUUCUGUGCACCAUGCCCAUCUCAUUCACUAUUUUCAAACUAUUUUCAUUCAUUGUCACUGCCAUAUUCUUCUACCAGUUCCUCCAUUUAGCUGCCAUUAUUUCAUUUUAAGGCAUGGUUAUAACUGAACAUUUUGGUGUUUAUAGUAUUGUAUGUUUAUCGUGUGGUCUGAACUUGGGUGAGCACAGAACAGCUGGAGAUGCUGAAUGAUGUUCUGUGACAAAGCAAAUCCUUUUUAGAAGUUAGUCGAAGCACCGAAGUGAAAUUAACAUUUCUGGUAACUGCAAAAGCCAUUCCUUUAAGUAUGCUUCCGUUGUCUAGAAAGGUAAGAUAGCAAAACAAUAAUACCCUGCCCUGGUAUGCAAGAGCCAUCUCCCCCUCUGUCUCCCUCAGGCCCACCCUCCAACCAUGUUUGCAAUAGCCCUCUGGGGCUGCAAGGAUUAAAUGUGGUUUGUGCUAGGCAAGGGGCUAAUACAGCAAAAAAAGCAUAGCACCAUUCAGAAGAAGAAAACCUUAAUUGUGAAAUGAUUUUGGAGAAAUAGUUUAAUCCUUACUUAGCAAUAUGCCAGGGCUGCUACCCGCUCUGUAAAUGUGCCAUUCUCUUUUGUUUCUGACAACAUAUAUGUGAGGUUUUGAAGGAGAUUUUGAAAAUUAUUCUGAGCUCCAAUGGCCAGUGACCACAUUAAUUGGACAAUUUUAGCCACCCCAGCCUGUUUAUCUGGAGAACAAAGCACCAUAUAGAACCACACCUCUGAAGAUCUGCAUUGCUCUAGUCUAGUUCCUCUGACACUACUAGCAUGUGGUCGUGAAGAGGGAAGCAUUAUGAGCAGCAGCAUUCACUCAAUAGAGUUGCAUGCUGGUUUAAAUGACAAGAUGCAGUGCAACUUCCUCACUUCCUUGGGUUCCAGCCAAAGGUCUCUACCCCUUAUUAAUCCAUUGUUUACCCCUUCUUUUUAAAGUGUGUGUUGUUCUGUAACAAGAACUCAUCACAGAAUUUCUGACUUGAAUGCAUAGCAAAUGUCACUUCAGAUGUGCUGAUUGGAUGAAGCGAUUUUCUUUGGCAGUCUAUUUCAAAUGCCCAACUUUACCUCUGUCUUUGUGACUAACUUCACAUUAUACGGACUCUGAUGCCUCUUGGUAUGUGUGUGUUUUAGAAAAGUAGCUUUGGGAAAGGACAGUUAAAAGUGCCCAUCCACUCUUUUCCCAAUGCAGAUUUCCCCCAACGCAGCUUCCCAUCCCUGCCUGAGGGGAUUUCAGAUAGGUGUUUGUGUGUGUGUGUGUGUGUGUGUGUGUGUGUGUGUGUGUGAGAGAAUCAUGCAUUUGUCUGUACAUCUAGGAUUUGUGGCAAGGAAUUGUUGCCUUUUCAACUUGCAAUGCUACUUUCUAAGGCUACUUUCAUAUUUACCACAGUUCUUCCAGGCUAAGCAGCCAGAGACUAGUCACUAGAACCUAAUCUGUGAUGUGCUGCUGAACAGUUUUGGAUCCUGUUCCCACUGAGAGCAUUUGGAUGCUUCUUCAGUUGUCAAAUUGGGUCUAUUUUGAGUUGGUCAGAAUAGAGUAGCACUCUGUCUUGAUUCUGCUUAAGGCCUAGACUGUCCUGGAUCGCGGAAUUAUGAUAUAAACGCAUUACAUUCCCCCCACCUGUCCACUCUGCAGAACAGUCCAGUUUAACCUGAUCUGACGCUACCUCUAUAAAACGACUCUUCAAAUGCUUUCUUGAAAGCCACUUGCCCAUUUUUCUGUUUUUCUUCAGUGACACUUUUCUAUCCCAUAUUAAGCAUAUCUAGGUGGCAUCAUAAAUGCCACCAAUCUUACCACUGUCAUCAUGGUGUAAAUUUCUUUGACUAAAAUAACGAGUGUGACCCUUUCCAGUCCAUAUACUAAUGUGGGAAAGGUCAGACCUCAGCUGAUCACUGGAAUUUCUAUGACAAAAACUGGCAAUCAGCAGUGGUACUUUAAAGGCUACACCAGGAUUCUCACUGAAUUCUGAAAUACAAAAAUAUAGACCACAUUUUUUCUUAAUCGCCAGCAUACGCAAAAAUUGUAGGUUUUGUUAACAAAAUACAUGUGAACCAUCUUUAUGUGCUCUUUUCAAAAGCUAGUGUGAGUUUUUACAUGAAUGUGACAACAAAAAUGAAUUCUGUUUUAAGUGGCCUUAAAAGUAUUUCUGUUCACAAGGACAAGAAAGCAGGCACCCACCAGAUAAUUUGAAUUCCUUUCUAGGAAUCAGUCAAAUUUAAAAGUGUCUCCCUUUUUGCAUACAGUAUCACUACAUUUAUCAGUUUUACAAGUCUUAGGGACAAAAUUGCAAUCUUUGUGUCACUUGUGAAAACACAUUUUAACUCUACAAGCCCACAUGCCCACUAUGAUCAGCAAGACUGCCAGUGAACACUCUGUCAUUUCACCCACAGCUUCUUUGUUAGACUCCUGAAUUAAGAGAUUCCUGGACCAGAGUCUGUGUGAAAAUUAGCCUAUAGCACUUUAUUAAACAAGAACUUGAACUCCAGGGAUCUGGAACUUGGAAUCUUUGGCUAUGUUCAUAUCUAUGCUAACAAAUUGCAGCACUUCACUCAAGCAGUAAUUCAGCAGUAAAAUUCUCACUUACAGUAUAUAUUGCCUAUGUUGCCAAUUCCACAGGGGUAACGUAUUUGCAGAGAGCAAAGGUGGAGCUUUUCUUUUUUUCAAAAAGAUGUCUUUCUGUAGAUGGGCACACAAAAUAUGCAUUGAAACAGGCAGUGUGAUUACAAAAUAUAGUUUUCCUGGAAUUGUUUCCGUUAUCUCUAAACUGAUACCCCUUCUGAGGUCCACUGUGAAUGGCUCCUGUUUUUCCAAGUUUUGUGAGCUAUCAAUAUCCUCUUUUGAGUAUUCAGUACUAUCGAUCAUGUUAAUUUCUAAAGUGGAAAUAAACUUUUAGCUUUUAUCUUAUAACCACAGCUUGUUGUAUGUACAUUAUAAAGUUCAGCCUCAUUUAUCCAAAUGCUUGCAGGCUGGGUUAGAUCAUAAAUGUCUGAAUAAUCAAGUAUCAGGUGAGCAGGAGCCCCACAAUGAUAUGAGGUUAGAUGGGAGCACACAAAUCGGCUUAGAUAAUCCUCAGGUGUUCAGGUAAGGGGUGUGUGUCACUACCUUAUGUACAAAAUAAGUGGUGGUAUGGGAUUGAAUUAAUGAACGUUACAGAAGAGCAUUGGACUUUGCACUUAUAUAGUCAUAUGCUUAUUUGUCAGUGACGUUCAAUAAUACAGCACAUGUUACACUGAACAACGGGCUCUGCUAGCCAGAUUGCUAUGAUACAUAUAAAGGAAAAUGCAUUUGUUGGGCAAGGAGUCACCAUCUGUAGCUACUGUAUGUUUCCGUUUCUUCCGUAGAGCUCCACUGUCUUUGAGCUGAUGUAUAAUUAUCUAAUGAGCCACUGUGAGCUGUGAUAGUGUGAAAGAACAAACUGGCAUGUUAUGCAAAAGAUGAGAUAAUUAAUGUUAAAGUAAUAUUUUAAAACUCAAUUGAGUUAGCUGUUUGUUUACAUAUGCUGGACAAUUAAGGAAACUGUGUACAGUAUUUUUAAAAUAUUUUCAUAUAGUGAUCCAUUCUGUUGUUUCCAGUUUACGUAAAUGAUACUAUUCUAUAGUUGGAUAUACACUUAUCUUAGAUAUUGAAUUAUAUAACGUUCUUCUUUCACAAGAAUAGUAUGCUGACUGAAAUAGUUCUUCUACCUUAAAUUUCAGUCUUAUUUUGUGCCGAUGAAAAUGCAUGCAUAGUUCCAUUAAUUUCUUUGGACUAUUAUGGAGUUUAACAUUUCAAUAUUGCCUGCCUGUAACAAUGAAUCCAGUUAGAAUGAAUUAACAAUUUUGGUCUUUUAUAUUAUUUUCCAAUAUGUUCAUUUAAUAGCACUUUAAUAUUAUAUGAAAUGAAGUAUUGAACGAUGAAGGUCUUGAACCUAUAGCAUUUCUGGUUGAAAUAAUUAUAUAUUUUCAAAUAAGGUAUUUCAUUACUAGUUUUAUCAUAUGUCUGUCACCAAGUAGCAGCAAGCUGCAAAUUCCUAAAACUGUAACAAUUGUCAGUAAGAAAAUAAAACCCAUUAAUACAACAUAGUAAAAUUGCUGAAGACUCUGGAAAGUAACCUUUCAUAUAAUUUCUAAAGUUUGGGGGAAGGUGUUUGUGUGUUUUGGUAUAGUCUUGUAGAGUCUAUGUUUCUUAGGUUAGAUGGCUUUCAUUGCAAUCCUGUGACAGUCUACACAAAAGUAAUUCUCAUUGAGUUCAAUGAGACUUCCAAGUAGGUGGGUAUAGGAUUGCAGCCUUAGAAUACAACAUUUGUUGUUGGCAGAUGAAUAUCUUAGACUCUGCAGCUGCCCAGCUCUUGAUAAAUGUAGCUAUGAAAAACGUUCAGCUUUGCAAUUCAAUACCCACAAAGUAACGCGAGUAUGGUCAGAAAGGGUAGUGUGGAAGACAGGGAAUAGCAAUGUGUGUGUAAGUUUAAUCUACCCAUUCUCUCUUCUGCAUCAGAAAUCAUGAUGUCUUCUCUAAACAUAAAUGAUUUAUAUACCUUGAAAGCAUGAUCAUAUUGAGGACUGCUAUGUGACAUUAUUUUUACUUAUUCAUUAAAGUAUUUAAUAAUUCAGCCUA